AUGAGCGAGUGGCCACGUCGCCCCCACUUGCUGCUGCUCUGCGUCGCUAUUCUGAGCCUAUCGCUCCUCUCGACCGCUGAAGAUGAGGAGCUACCAGUGACGCCUGCGGUCUUGACCAGCGAGCGCUACGGACACGUGCCCAGUACCACCUAUCACGACCACGACCAUGACCAUGACUACGAACCUAUCAUCAAGCAUGAAACACCUGGAAGAUUCUCGAUCGGAGUGUGGAGCCAAGCGCUGCUGGCCACGGCACUAGUGGGAACAGCUCCGGUGCUCGUGCUGCUGGCAGUGCCGCUGGGCAUGGGGAGCCACGACAAGCAACAGCCGCUACUGCGCGUGUUUCUGAGCUUUGCAGCCGGUGGAUUGCUGGGCGACGCGCUGCUUCAUCUGCUCCCCCACUCUCUUCCUCAUGCAGAUGGGAGUACCCAUGACCAUAACCAUGACCAUAACCAUGACCAUGACCAUAAUCAGGACCACAACCAUAAUCAUAACCAUGGUCACGAAGGUCAUGGUCAUUCCCAUUCGGUGGCUGAUUUGUACGUGUGGUUGUGGACGCUUGCUGGGAUACUGAGCUUCCUGAUGCUGGAGAAGUUUGUACGAGCACAGAGCAGUGGAGGUGGCGGACACUCGCACGGACACGCUCAUUCUUCUGCGUCUGUUCAAGAUGGAUGUGCAUUGUCGGGGAAGACUAGUACGGCGCGAAAGCGCUCGCAGUUCAAGGAAGGAAAGGAUGAUUCGGAUGCGCCGGAUGACGAAACAGUGGUUGUAUCGGAGCCGGAGAAGAAGCCGGUUGCCGCUGCAGCUUAUCUGAAUUUGGCGGCAGAUUUCUCGCAUAACUUCACGGACGGAUUGGCGAUUGGCGCGACAUUUGUCCGCGGUAAUGGCUGGACGACAACAGUGGCGAUGCUGUUACACGAACUGCCACAUGAGAUUGGCGACUUUGCCAUCCUUAUCCAGUCGGGCUUCACGCGACGUGAAGCGAUGGCCACGCAGCUACUGACUGCCGUUGGAGCCAUGAUUGGUACGGUCGUUGGUUUGUUGGUGGAAGGUGCUGGCGAUUCUAGCUCGGCGUGGAUCUCUCCGUUUACGGCGGGCGGCUUCACUUACAUCGCGUGUGCUAGCGUCAUGCCGGAACUAUUGUCAGACUGCUCACUCGCUCAGUCGCUCAAAGAGGGGGCUGCCAUGUGUGCUGGAAUUGGACUCAUGGCCCUCAUCGCGGUCACUGAAUAG